AUGAACGCACCACCCACCUUUGAAUCAUUUCUUUUAUACGAUGGGGAGAAAAAGGUUCAAAAAGAAGAAGAUACAAAAGUAACAAAUGCUGCUAUUUUCACUGUUAACAAAGAAGACCACACACUGGGCAAUAUGAUUAGACACCAGCUUCUGAAGGACCCAAAAGUUCUAUUUGCUGGUUACAAAGUGCCCCACCCCCUUGAGCAUAAGUUUGUUUUGCGCAUCCAAACAACAUCGGAUUAUACGCCACAAGAAGCUUUUAUGAACGCUAUUACAGAUUUAACGUCUGAACUAUCGCUUUUUGAGGAGAGAUUCAAGGAAGCUAUCAAAGAAAAAAAGGAUGGAUUAGAUUAA